AUGGCCGCGAUUGUCCCUGAAAGUCACCCUUUGCCUACUACUAGGGCGCCAUACAUCCAACACCCAGUAUUCUGGCUGGAAGAUGGCUCGCUCGUUGUCGAGCUCGAUGGCCAUGGCUUCAAGGUCCACAAGACCCUGUUAACCCGCCAUUCACUGUUGUUUCUUUCGCACUCCAAAUCACCACACUAUCAUAUCGGUGGCGUAGAACACCUGCAAAUAGAUCCCGCAAGACGUGUCUCCGCGCCCGACUUCGUUGUUUUGCUGGAGAGUUUGUACCACGAUGUACUUCUGUCUCCGGAAAUACCUUUCCCUCGUAUUGUAUCUCUGGUUCGCGUGUCUUCUCCCAAUCAGUUGCACUUUCCGCGUUUUCACGAGGCCGCGUUGCGGUACUUUGUGGACCUAUUCCCCAGUGGGCCAAAGCCGUUCGUCCACCCACCGUAUCUUGAGGAGGCUUUGGCUCUUGCCAUCGAAUUUAAUGUUGAAUCGGUCUGGAUGUCUCACGUUCAUAUCCAGCGCCCACUGACUGUCAAUGUUCAGGUGCAAAAGGGUCUCUACUAUAGCCUUGUGACGACGUCCAAUUUUGACAUGGAUGAAGCCGGAGAAAACUUGGACUCCCGCCCGCCUCCGCCUUCUGAUUCGUCUCAGAUAGCAUCCAUCGAUAGAGAGAGCGACCCUGGCGUAGAUUUAGAAACGGCGGCCGCCACACCUAGCACUGGCGACGCCCACAAACCGGGCUUACCCUUACACGAGUCGCAAAAGUGCACGCGCCUCAUGACCCAGUUCAUCGAUUAUUUCUCGCCGUUGCUCUUUACUGCCCCCGCUGCGGCACACAUGGCCUGCACAGACGUGUUUGCUGGAACGUGGAUGAAGCUCGUCAUUCAACCUGCAAUCGAAGACGACGGUGUCUACAAGCCUCUUGAAACCCUUGAACGUUUCAAGAGCGUUGAUUGGGCACAGGCCGGUCUAUGCGGGGCUUGCGUGCUAGACAAACACACGGAGUGGACGGAAGAACAGAAAGCAGUGUGGACUGCAAUGGAUGAAUGGCUCAGAACAGAAUAA